AUGGAGAGUUUCCGAAGUCGUCUUAUGGCCCAGAAUGCUCAACUAAAUGCUGAUCCGCGAAAGUCCAUUAGCAUUUCAUCCUCAUCUGAAUCAUCCUCAGCUGCUUUAACUUCAAGUGCAUCUACCUCCACGUCGUCGUCGAGAGCGAAGGCUCCCGUGAACAAGAAUCACAAAAACACGGUCAUCAUAUCGUCUGAUGAAGAGGGGGAAGAAGAGGAGGGGGUUCCAUCACGACCCCUUCAACUAUCCAAUGUUGAUGUGUCGAACUUUCCUGCACCUUUCAUUCCAACACAGAAGUCGAAAGGAUUUGAACGGCCAGGAUCGUUCCCAAUAAACCGUCCACCAAAACCAUCGAAUCCGACCAAGUUCAGCUCCUCGGCGACGCCGAUUGCUAUUCCGUCUAUGGUUAAACCCCAACCACCCUCAUCACAAUAUGAUAACGGUAGACAGUUUCGCGAGGAUGCGAAUGACGAAUAUCUCAAUGUACCCGACUUUGGACAAGAAGCAAACACUUAUACAUCUCCCGCAGAUGCGGAGAAGGCGUUGAAAGAUCUCAUGGGAGGCUCUAUGAAUGACGAUGGGGAAGAUCUGGAAUUCACCGAAGAGGACGCUCGAGUGGCUGGGUUCAAAGACCACAUUAAACUUCUUCCUCAUCAAAUCGUUGGUCGUAAGUGGAUGAAAGAACGUGAAGACCCGAAAGCAAAGAAAAACGGCGGGAUUCUAGCUGAUGAUAUGGGUCUCGGUAAGACCAUCCAAACGUUGACGCGAAUCGUCGAAGGAAGGGCCAAGAAGAGUGACAAAGACGAUGGAUGGUCUCCCACUACAUUAGUCGUUUGUCCUUUAGCUUUGGUUGGCCAAUGGGCGGACGAGAUCAGUCGGAUGACCGAGGGUCUCGCCGUAAUCAAACAUCAGGGGCCUUCUCGCACUUCUAAUCCCAACGACCUUCGAAGGGUACACGUCGUGAUUACAACAUACGAUACCCUCAAAUCUGAAUACGGAUACUUCAAUCCAUCCGCAAAAGAUGCCUCGAAAUCUUCGAAGGAAAAGAACAAAAAACCUCAGAAAGAAUCGGGUUCCGAGAGCUCAGACGGCGAACAUUUUGGAAGAACAUUGAAAAAAGAUACGCCCAGAUCCGGCGCGAAAACGAAGGUGAAGGAUGCCUUAUUCAGAGUGAAAUGGUUCCGAGUCGUCCUCGACGAGGCCCACAAUAUCAAGAAUCGUAACACUAACGGCGCCAAGGCUUGUUGCGAAUUAGAGUCCAAAUUUCGAUGGGCUCUAACCGGUACUCCAAUGCAAAACGAUGUGGCGGAACUUUUCUCUCUGCUUAAAUUCCUUCGUAUCAAACCCUUCAAUGAUUGGGAGCGGUUCAACACGCAAAUCGCAAAACCCGUAAAGAGUGGCAGGGGGGCCAAUACUGCCAUGAAACGACUCCAGGUCGUUCUGAAGAAUACUAUGCUUCGACGAAGGAAAGACGACACAAUAAAUGGAAAGGCACUCGUAGAGUUGCCAAAGCGAACGAUCAAUAUUAUUUCCUGUCCGUUUUCAGAGUCAGAACGGCAGUUCUAUUCGGAACUGGAAGGAAAGAUGGAGACGGUUCUGGACAAGUUGAAUGAAGAUGCUCACAGGAGCGGGAGAGCUCAGGCUAGCUAUAUAAGUGUUUUGCUGUUGCUCUUGAGGUUGAGGCAAGCAUGCAACCACCCGAUCCUUGUCUCAAGCGACUACAAAUCCGACCUCGAUGCGGUUGAAUCUAGGGGGGCUAAAAACAACGACGUUGGCGACACCGAUGCAGACGAUCUUGCCGCUGCCUUUGGACAAUUAGGUGUUACCAAGAAGUGUCAGGUUUGCACAAUCGAGAUCACCCCCGUAAACUCGACCGGUAAACUUGAGGGGCAAUGUGAUGACUGUGCUUCCCUCACUUUGCAAACAAGGAACCAAAUUUCGACCAAAGGCGACUCGGCUAAGAUUCGGAUGAUUCUGGAGCUAUUGAAUAAGGUUGAUGAGCGGUCUGGUGGAACGGAGAAGACCAUAAUCUUCUCACAGUUCACAAGUAUGCUGAAUUUGGUGGAGCCAUGGCUUAGAAACGCUGGGUAUAAGUUCGUCAGGUAUGAUGGAACCAUGAAGCCACCACAAAGAGAAGAGACUUUGAAUAUAAUCAAGACCAAUCCGAAUAUCAGAGUUAUUCUGAUCUCUUUCAAAGCUGGCAGCACUGGUUUGAACUUGACAUGUUGCAAUAACGUCAUUCUCGUCGACCUAUGGUGGAACCCAGCACUGGAGGACCAGGCGUUUGAUCGUUCACAUCGAUACGGGCAGAAGAAGGACGUAAAUAUUUACAAGUUGAAAGUUGAUGAGACGGUAGAGGACAGGAUCCUUGAGCUUCAAGAGAAGAAGCGUGAAUUAGCUCGGGCAGCAUUGAGCGGUGACAAGAUCAAGAAUAUGCGACUUGGCAUGGACGACUUGUUGGCACUUUUCCGACCGGGAAGAGACGAUGAAGAUGAUUAG